AUGGAGUCUCACUAUCACGAGUUUGGGUCGACUGAUAACAGCUCUGUCGGUGGAGAGCACAAAACGACAGUACAAACCGAUAUGAAGAGGAUAGUGGUGUGUGUCCUCUAUGGAGUCCUGGUGCUGCUGCUGUUGAUUCUGCUGAUGGUCAUUGGGAUUAAUUUCUCCCAGUUACACAAGGAAAUCACUGACGUCAAACUCAACCUUGAGAGAAUCAGUGAUGGAAAAACUUCCUUUACCAGUGCAACAACUGUGGAGGUCUUCUUACCAAGCCUUGUCCCAGUUAGAGGAACAUGUAUGGAAGGCUGGGUGUCUUUCCAGACAAGCUGCUACGUGCUAGCCAGCACGGCCAUGAUCUGGAGCAAAGCAGAGGAGCAGUGCCAAAGACACGGAGGACACUUAGUGGUUCUGAAUAAUGUUGAGGAACUGGACUACAUUUCAAAAGUAGUUGAUAUCAAAUAUAACUAUUGGAUCGGACUGGUGGAGCGAGAACACGAGGGACACUGGAGCUGGGUGGAUGGAACGAACUUCAAUUCAACCCCAAUUUUAUGGGAUAAUGAUCAGCCUGACAACUGGGAAUACUACAGUGAGAACGGAGAGGACUGUGGGCAGAUUCAUGCUUCCAAGAGACGCAAACGCAAGAUGUUGAACGAUGCAGACUGCAACCUGCCAUAUCACUUUAUCUGUGAGACAAGGCCGUGA